AUGACAGGGCGCAUGAAGGACGGGAGGGCACUCUCGGGGACGACGGCAGGGGGCGAGGGAGCGAUGGAGCUGUCGGCGGAGGCGCAGAUGAAGAUCAUCCACGAGACGGGCAUCCUGGAGUGCAUCCCUCGUUGGCGCUUCGCCGAUUUCUCUACCCUCGACCGCGCCGCGUUCGCCGACACUCUCAAAACCCCUACUGCCGCCAAACAUCCGCUCGAUAACGAGGAUGACGACGACCUGGAAACCGUGCGCAAUCUCCCUGACCACCCGCCACCCGCCGACCAAAUCGAUACGUUGCCCCUCUGGGCCGACCGGGCACUCGACACUUUCCUCUGGUCGAUCCCUUUCAUGACGGUCUUUGUAUGUUUGGACGUGGCAAUCCAUGCCCAAUAUGGCCAGCCGUUGACGGUAUGGAGCGAGCUCAGCCGGACGGGGAAGGUGUACCCAAGUGCGCUAUUUCUAAUCCAUUACACAUUGCAUUCCCAUGAGCAAGUGCUAGCAAACCUGCUCCUCUUCGGCCUCUCGACCAUCGGCGGCUCGUACAUGGUCUACAUCAUGAACCGUCUGUCGUACCUGCUUGUCAUGCGUCGCGUCCCCCCGCUGGGCGCUCUCUGGAUCUACGCCGUCGUCCGUAUGCAUCUCUCCCAUGCUGUCCUUAGUCUACUCUUGGUGGCCCUUUGGGCUUGGGUCAUGAAGCUAAGCAUUUAUGUGUAA